UAUUGCGCGCGCAUGAGCUUGACAACACUCUCCCAACGGCUUGCCACUGGUUUAGUACUUAUGCUCGUAAAGGAACGAAGUACAUAUUUCUUCUACCACAACUACUACUACUACAACAACAAAUAACUACUUUCAUCGACCACCUCAACCUUUGCAGGCUGCAAUGGAAGAUUACUUGAGAAUAGAGAAGAUCGGAGAAGGCACCUAUGGGGUGGUGUUCAAGGCGAGGCACAAGGCUACUGGUCAGAUUGUCGCAAUGAAGAAGAUCCGUCUGGAGAGUGAAGAAGAAGGAGUUCCCAGCACUGCAGUGAGAGAAGUCUCCCUGCUGCAGGAGCUGAAGCAUCCAAAUGUUGUACGACUGCUGGAUGUCCUGAUGCAGGAGUCUCGCCUCUAUCUCAUUUUUGAGUUUCUGUCCAUGGACCUGAAAAAAUAUCUGGACUCCAUUCCAUCUGGCCAGUACAUGGAGCCUAUGUUGGUCAAGAGCUACCUCUACCAGAUCUUAGAGGGCAUAUAUUUCUGUCAUUGUCGGCGAGUACUCCACCGGGACCUGAAGCCCCAGAACCUUUUGAUUGAUAACAAGGGUGUUAUCAAACUGGCAGACUUUGGACUGGCCCGGGCCUUUGGCGUUCCAGUCAGGGUUUAUACUCAUGAGGUUGUAACUCUUUGGUACCGAGCCCCAGAGGUUCUCCUAGGUUCGCCCCGAUAUUCAACUCCGAUUGAUGUUUGGAGUACUGGCACCAUCUUUGCUGAGCUUGCCACCAAGAAGCCACUGUUCCAUGGGGACUCUGAAAUAGACCAGCUGUUUAGAAUUUUCAGGACGCUAGGCACCCCAGGCAAUGACAUUUGGCCUGAAGUAGAAAGCCUACCCGACUACAAAAGCACUUUCCCAAAAUGGAAACCUGGCAACCUUUCAUCAAUGGUGAAAAAUCUGGAUGAGAAUGGCCUGGACCUGUUGGCAAAAAUGUUGGUCUACAAUCCCUCUAAAAGGAUCUCUGCACGUGAAGCCAUGAUGCACCCUUAUUUUGAUGACUUGAACAAAUCCACCUUACCUGCCGCCAAGAUCAGCCUAACUUAAAACUCUUGGAUGACUUAGUUACUAUGCAUACCCACAAUAUAUGCCAAUCAUGUAAAUACUUUUGUGUAUUAGUGAUCAAUAUGUGAGACUGUCCUUUCAAUAAACUUCCUAUUUGUGUCUGUCAA